AUGGUUUCAGUUCCGCAGAUUGGCCUCCGAGCCGUGCAAUUCGUCCUUAUCUUCCUUACUCUGGCUCUGGUAGGCAAUGUUAUUGCCGAAGCGUUUGCGGGCAACUCGAGCAAGAUCAACUAUGCGAUUUUCGUGUCUGUCUUCGACAUGGUCGUAAUCCUGUGGGGCAUCGCAGCUACCUUUAAAGAAGGUCUCGCUAUCGGAAUUGUUCUCCCUAUCCUCGAUGUUAUCGCAACGCUCCUCACUGUGAUUGCCGGCAUUGUUUUGGCUGCUGGUCUCGGUGUUCACAGCUGCGGAAACAAAUCCUACCUCGCUUCUAACGCCUUGACAAACGGAUCUCACAAUCCCUCCAAGAGAUGCCACGAGCUGCAAGCUAGUACAGCUUUCUACUGGUUCGCAUUUGCAGCAUUCCUUGGAUCGGCUAUUCUUGGAUUCACAAGCGGCGGUUCAUCAUUCAGAGGACCCCGUGGUGGCAUUCGCAAAGGUGGGCCAACAAUGUCCCAGGUCUAG